AUGCGCAGCCUGCCCAAGUACUGGCGCGUAAAAAGAGCAGAGGAUGGAUCCGGUUCAAACGUACCUGCACCCCGACCAGACUACCGUCAUUGGGUCAAUCCGAUGUGGAUGAUAAGCUCUUUCAUCGCAGGCAUUGUUCUUGCUGUCGCACACCACGUCUAUUAUGCAAAGCUCAAUAAUAUGCUCGUUGGUUCUGCUGCAAGGCAGCAAUGGCCUUUAAGGAAUACUACCAGUUCUCUGCUUUUGUUGCAUGCUGAUCAUCUUAGAUUCGGUACCACAUUUGCCUUCUUGUUCAAGGCUUGCCUCGCGAAUGCGACAGGCAUAGCUUAUGUCCAAUGGGUUUGGCAACAGUGUCGUCAGAAGGCUAUUCAAAUAGGCGCAAUUGAUGCCGCUUUGUCUGUGGAUCGCAACAUCUUCAUGUUCCUCAAUCUGGAGUUUCUCGUCAAGUUUCCAUUUGCUGUAGGACUCAUGGUGAUCUUUUGGUGCAUUCCUAUAUCAUCCCUGAUUACUCCAGCAACUUUAGGUGUCGCAUCGAUGCCGGAUGCAACGCUGCAUACAGUAUCCGCAUACCAACCCGCCAUUAGUAAUUUCGAGAGUGAUACAUGGUAUGUUUACUCACCCCGAGCGUCACAACCAACCAAGUUACAGCAGAUGUUCACUGUCAUAGCCGGUACAGGUGAACUGCUUAGACUUAGUCCUCCAGGGAAUCUACAAAACAUCACUUACACUAUAGAUUUGAUCGUUCCCCUAGUACGCUGUCAAACCAACAAUAUAACUGUACAACCAACAACUGCCGAGUCCGCCUUUGAUCAAGCUGUUCUCGGGCUCGAGGGGAGCAUAGUCGCCGAGAGCUCGAUCUUCCAUCCAGAAAAUUUGACUUUCACGGCGGAUGCCACUGAUUAUCGUGGUGAGCGGAACAAAAGAAAUUUCCGAGGACAGAUUGGUUACUACGCAAUGGAGCCUGACGUCCAAACCACAUCCAACUACCUUGGCGAACUAUGGAUCGCUGUUGCAGAAGUAUCAGAAGGCAAAUAUACCUGGCCUAGCACAUUCCCAACUUCAUAUAGCGCCAGCUUCUACACUUGCUUCUUACGAAAUACUCCGGUGGCUACCGACGUGUCAUUCAUGGACAAUAUACAGACACUGCACGCCAUCGCUAUAAAAGAGAUGGAUAUGGUCACGUACGAUGACGACCGCGUAGCGGGCAACGAAACCUCUGCUAACUGGGCUCUCGAUAAUUACCAAGCUUUUGGAGACCUACUUUUCGACUUGCUCUCUGGUUUCACGAUGGUCAGUGAGGUUGAAGAUAGCGAUAUUGGUUGGAACUGGAUGACGACUAUGGACCAAACUGUUUUCGGCACGGCUCAAGAUUUUGCUGUCAUGACGGCUGCAUGGAAAGAUGGAGGACUUGAGGAUUCUGACACUACCCGGGUAAAAAACCUGAGCGCAAUCAUUGAAGAGUUUUCGUUGAACGCGUCUUGGAGUUUGGUGGCAAUGCCGAGAUACAAGUGGGUCUCUUCAUAUUCCAACCGAAAGUAA